UCAGUCGUAUUUGAAACUUGGCGACGCACGGUUUACUUUUCAGUUUUUCAGUUUUCACUCAAUCCAAUCGCUGCCGAGUGUGCCGAGUGUGCGAGUGUGUGUGCUGUAUAUAAAUUGUUGCGAAUAAACAAACAAACAUCAACAGCAACAACAAUCAUAAGUUCAUAUCAAGCAAAGCAUUCAUUAUACUUGCUUAUAAACAAAAAUCCCACUCACUGCUAGAUCGAUACACAUACUAUAUAGUACAUACUAUAUAUCCACAUCUCUAGCUAUACUCAAAACUGGCCAAAAGUCACUAAAAAUAGCCGCGGAAAUCGAUAAAUAAAUAAAGAAGAGUACACAAUUUCUACCACACCUCAGAAAGUUCCUUCUCCUCCCACAAAAAAAAAACCCAAAAGAAACGAAAUUCUUAAUUGCGACUUUGUGAAAAGAAAUAAACUGAAACAAGAGCGAAAAAUAAUGCAAAUAAUGUUACGCCAAUAAUUCGCGACAAUUAAUAAUUGACACAAGCAACAAUUAAGCAAUACUCUCAGCUAUUGACAAUAUUAAAAUGUUCGCAAGAUGUUUACCCAUUGCCCUGCUCCUGGUGCUUCUGAUGCUGCUCCAGCUGGCAGACGGCGAAAGGAUUCGAGAGUUUCGCCAUAAUCAACAGUCACAAUCACAGUCACCGCCAUCACAAUCCCCAUCGCAAUCCCAGGCGUUGUCGUUGUCGCUCUCUGAAUGCGCCGCCAAGCAGGGGGAGUGCGACGACAGCGAGGGUCCCGUUUGUGGCACCGAUGAUCAGACCUAUCCCACGAGGUGUCACCUGCAGCGGGUUCAGUGCAGCGGUCACCAGGUCAGCCUCAAGCAUCGCGGCAACUGCAAGGGCUGCUUGGCUGCGAGGCAGUACGCUGUCCGGGAGAGCGUGCGCAAGCCGAAAAUCUUUUUGCCCCGGUGUCGCAGCGAUGGCAACUAUGCGGCGGUGCAGUGUCUGACCGGCACAGGUUGCUGGUGCAGUGACAGCAAUGGGCAUCCCAUCAAGGAUACUUCGAGGCGUCGGGGCAAGCCCAAGUGCGGACAGUACAAGCGGAAUAAUCGCCGCCGGUCGCCGCCACGCCCCGAGAUGGAUGCGGCCAAUAGCAGUGAAGGAGGCGGAUCGGGACAUCGGAGUUGCAGUAAAACGGAUCGCAUGGCAUUCAACAAUCAUCUAAUCGAAGUGUUUCGCAGUGAAAUGCUGCGCAUUGGCAAAUUGACAGCGGCCAGCGAUGCCGCUGUGUUGGAUUGGAAGUUUACGCAGUUGGAUGGGAGUCGCAAUCAAUUGCUGGACAGGCAAGAAGUGCGUGAGCUGAAGAAGCUCUUGAAGCGGGCGGUGAAGCCCAGACGAUGUGGACGUGCCUUUGGCAAGUACUGCGAUGUCAACAGAGACGAUAGCCUGUCGCGCCUGGAGUGGAGCAACUGCCUGGCCAAAGAUGCCAGCCAACGUAAAACGACAGUUAACAUACUGAACAGCAGCUCAACAUCCAGUUUGAGCCCCCCUCGUCGCACACACUACACAGAUCUCAACAUUCAUCACACAAACACCCAUCAAGAUCAUACGAAUACCAAUAUUAUUGGAACCAUCAGCAGCAGCAGCAGCAGUAGCAACAACAAUCGAGGUGGUGGCGGUGGCGUGAACCAACUCAGUGUCCAUCAUCCCAAUUAUUUUGGCAACGAGAGUGAGGAGCACGAGGAUGAUUAUAUUGGCGAAGAUGAGGAUGAGAGCAUGUCACAUUCAAGCACAUCCCCAGUGGGAUAUCCCAAGUCAUUUAAUUCGCUUGGCAAGCUUUCAAAGGGCAAAAUCGAAUCUAUUCUAAUGGACCUCUCCUCCACAGUUCUGAAUCCCAAGGAUGAGACAGCGAACAAUGAGAGCGAAGGAGAGGCCAAUUGCUGGACGGAUCAGGAGCUGGCACGCGAGGAACAGCGCCAUGGCGGCAAUAGCUCCUUCUAUGUGCCCGAGUGCAUGGCCGAUGGUCGCUAUAAGCGUGUCCAGUGCUACAGCUCCAUCUGCUGGUGUGUCAAUGAGGAAACGGGCAAGAGUAUAACAGGAACCUUUGGCCAAAAGCGACCGCAAUGCGAUGAAGUGACCGCUGUGCGACCCAUGAAGGGUUGUACGGGACCUCGGAAGACGCAGUUCCUCAAGGAGCUGAAAGAGUUUCUCAACACAAAAGUGCUGCCCAGCAGUAACACAGGCCGUGACUCGACCUUGUGGAAGUCGGAAGAUGAACGCAUUGCCACGCUGAGUUUUGUGUUUUUGGACAAGAACAAGAACAAGUCGUGGGAGCGCAAGGAAUGGAAGGUCUUCCGAGAUCUGGUCACCAGCGCCAGCAAUUUGAAUAAAUGUGGCAAGAAAAUGCCUCGUUACUGUGAUGUGAAUGGCGAUAAGAAGAUCUCAUUAUCCGAGUGGGUCAACUGUCUGCAGUCCCAGCGAGUGGAGGUUACAACCACAGCGAAGCCGCCACAGUCAAAUGAAAUGGGCACGUCCCGGCUUCAGGGAUCAAAUCCGCUGGAGCAAUAUCUUAAAGAUUAGUUUAUAGUGGAAGAAAUGUUGCUUGUUUUGUGCUGCUACUCAUUAGAUGUCGUCGUGCCAUGUUGCGUGGAGAAAGGAGCUUUGAAUAUAUCCACCCACUCAUAUACACACACACUCACUCACCCACACAUACACACACUCACAUUCCUAGCAUAUAGAUUCUACGAUUUACAUGUAUAUGUAAUUAGUGUUGUAAAUAUUAUUCGAUGAUUAAAUGUUUAGGUU